AUGGAUGCUCUGAACUCGAUCGGUGAUCAGCAAACCGACGGGCGUCGUGAGAGCUUCGGUUCACACAACUCGCAGACCGCCAGAGAGUUCAUUGAGUCCCAGCUCCAACUAGAAGCAGAUGCGCGCGAGGUCUUGCCAUACUCUUUCGACUCCUGCACAUACGCCCUCGGACCAUUGCGCCAGAACCUUUUCGCCUGCAUCACCUGCAACCCGCCUCCUACCGAUCCCAAUGAACCAUACACCGCCGCCGCUGUCUGCUACUCCUGCUCCAUCUCCUGCCAUGGCGAACACACCCUAGUCGAGCUGUUCUACAAGCGCAACUUCGUCUGCGACUGCGGAACAACUCGCAUGCCCUCUUCCUCAUGCUGCACGCUACGCGAUGACCCGGUAACCGGCAAGAAGGGCGUUCACUCCCAAGAAGCUGCACCAGGCAACACAUACAGCCAGAACUUCCGCAACAAGUUCUGCGGCUGCGGCGAGCAGUACGAUGCGUUUUCAGAGAAGGGAAUCAUGUUCCAGUGCCUGGGCCUAGGGACCGUUGAGACCGGAGGAUGUGGCGAAGACUGGUGGCACCCGGAGUGUUUGAUCGGUCUGCCGCGUAAUUGGAACAAAGCUGUUCCUAAACUUGAAGGCGUCGGGGGUGAUGCCGCCGAAGAUGCCGCCGAUGAGGAAGCGCUACCUCCUGGAUUCCCGGCUGAGGAUGACUUCCAACAUUUGAUCUGCUAUAAAUGUGUUGACUCAAACCCUUGGAUCAAACAGUAUGCGGGAUCAACAGGAUUCUUGCCGCCAGUUUUGAAGAACGGGGGACUGAAGAAGGAAUCAAAUGGCUUUAAGAACCCAUCUACACCUGCUGUUAAGCCUAAGGUUGAGGAAAACAAGGCUAAAGCAAGUAAGAGUGAAGAGAAAAAGGUGGAGGAUUCUAAGUUAGAAGAGAGCCAGGCUGAGGAUAAGCCUGAGGAUCAAAAGAAUUCGGAACCCUCAAAGAAGCGCAAGGCAGAUGACGAGGAACCCACUGAGGGUGAACCCAUCACAAAGCGAACUAAAGAGGAGCCAUCCGAGGAAAAGCAACCAACUGUCAAAACAGCCGAAGAUGAAUCAAAGGAAGUCAACAAUAUUACCACCACGACCCCCGCCCCCAAACAUAAAUUUCUACCCAAGGCGACACCAACGGAAUCAUUCUCCCUCUUUGCCAUAUCAGACUUCCACGACCAACUAUGCCGCUGUGCAGACUGCUUCCCCAAGCUAGUCCCGCACCCCCAGCUCCGGGAAGCAGAAGAGACAUAUGAGCCCCCAGUCUCCGAGGAUGGCGAAGCCGACGGAGCCGCAAGUGCCGGCACGGGCAGCAUUUACGACCGCGGAGAAGCAGCACUCAACAGCGUGGACCGUGUGCGUGCCAUCGAAGGCGCAAUGGCCUACAACCACCUCCGCGAUAACCUCAAGGCGUUUCUGAAGCCAUUCGCUGAAAGUGGACAGGCGGUUAGUGCUGAGGAUAUCAAGGGUAUCUUUGAGAAACUGCGUGGUGAUGACAAGGGGAUUCAAGAUGCGGCUGAUCAUGCCUCUGGUAAUAGCGGCAAGGAUAGUGAUGGAAACAGCCGCAAUGAACAAAGCGGAUACUGA